CAGCCCUCGGGGGUGGUAGCUGGCCCGGCGCCUCUGCUUCCUCUUCGCCCCGCCGCAGCUGUUUGUCCAGGACUGGGACCCACUCCCUAAGAGUGGAAGUGAAGAAGGCCUUAAAGGAACGAGUCCAGUCUCUUCAGAUGAAGAGAGAACUGGGAAGGAAAGAGACCGACUCAGUGUCUCUAGAUAAUGACACUGACAGUCGGAGCUCUUCCCAAACACAAGAAGGGGGGGGGGGGCGUUAAGGACACCCCUUUCCUUCCAACAGUGGGAAAUAUGCCACAGAGAGGGCUGCUGACUUGGAAAGGGGCUUGGAAGAAAGGAAGAAGCUUUCUCUCUUUUUCUAGGCCGCCCAUUUCCAGCCCCCCAAAGAGGCUGCCCUGGGAUCCGGGCUGAAAUCCUCCUAGUUCAUUGCUCCAUCCCUUGCCCGCCCAGAGCCUACCUGCUGUCACUCUGUGCCCUGCCAAGGAGGAGGGACUGAGGUGAUAGCAGGGGUGAGAGGCAGGACAGAGCUGUGGGGCACAGAGAGGUGUGGAAAGGGACAUGCACACACCAGGUGACUGAGACCCAGAGUGGGGGCCGAGGAGCAGACUGAGGGCAGUGGGAGCCCCCCAAGGGGAGGAAGGCAAAGCUAGAAUUUGUGAUCACAGAGCUACUCAGGCAUGCUGGGAGUACAGGGACACUGGCUGGCGGGACCUCCACCCAGCCCCUGUCUGCCCUUGGCCCUAAUGCUCUUGGCCCUGGGGUAUGGGAGGGCCCAGGAAGGGGCAGAGCCAGUCCUCCUGGAGGGUGAGUGCCUGGUGGUCUGCGAGCCUGGGAGGGCAGCCGAAGGGGGACCUGGAGGAGCAGCCUUGGGAGAAGCACCCCCAGGAAGAGUGGCAUUUGCUGCUGUCCGAAGCCACCAUCAUGAGCCAGCCGGGGAGAUCAACAACGGCACCAGUGGGGCCAUCUACUUUGACCAGGUCCUGGUGAAUGAGGGUGGCGGCUUUGACCGGGCCUCGGGCUCCUUCGUGGCCCCAGUCAGGGGUGUCUACAGCUUCCGGUUCCAUGUGGUGAAGGUGUACAACCGCCAGACCGUCCAGGUGAGCCUGAUGCUGAACACAUGGCCUGUCAUCUCAGCAUUUGCCAAUGACCCUGAUGUGACCCGAGAGGCAGCCACCAGCUCUGUGCUCCUGCCCCUGGACCCUGGGGACAGGGUGUCCCUGCGCCUGCGCCGGGGGAACCUUCUGGGUGGCUGGAAAUAUUCUAGCUUCUCUGGCUUCCUCAUUUUCCCACUGUGAGGACUCAGGUCUUUCAAGGACAAGAAUCUUACCCCGACCUUUCCCCCUUGCCCUCUUCUGUCCCAGAGGCCAUAUCUUUGAGACAGGAGAGGGUCUCCCUCUGAUCACCUUGCAUGGGACCCCGUGCCAGAAGCCAAAAGUGAAAAAAGCAGAGCUGUGGAAUCUCGGGGUCUGGUCCCUUUCCACCCCCAGCCUCUCCCAGCCUCCGCUCCUCCUGCCUCCUCCUCUGUCCCUCUCCCCAGCUUCCUGCUCAGUGCUGUUUGGGGACAGGUGGGGCAGGUGAGCCUACCAGGCCCCCACAGGGACCCAGAUGGACCAGCCUCAGUACCCUACAGGCUCCUUCCUGUGAGCAGUGCCAGCAUCAGGGACUUCCGCCAGCGCGUGGGUGGGUGGGGACAGGAGGCUUGGAAGGGCCAGGGAACUGCAUGGAGACUACAGCUGGUGCUCCAGAAAGUGGGCCUGUACCCAGCCUGGAUGUGUAAUUGGGGAGCUAGCAGGCACUGAACCUAGUGUCCAUCUGCGCCAGCUCUCAGGUGGACCUUGGCCCUCACUUCCACACCCAAGACUUGGAGUAUGUAUGCUUGUCUACCCGAGAGCAGAUGUGCAGAGCUUCCUUGGACAGCUGGGGGUGGGAGAGAAGGCCACACUCCAGGAUGGGACACACUGAUGACCCUGAUCCCCUGCUUGCCUUAGUCAUGUGAACUUCUGUCACUCCAGGCUUAAACUGCCAUCUCACCCCCAACUCUUGGCCUUCACUGUACCUAUCCCGAACUAUCUCUUUUUACCCUGAUUCGUGCCAUCUUACCCUUCUUAAGCUUCACAUCACCUUGGAUUCCAAGAUUCAUCUCUCAACCACUCUCCUGCCAGUACUAUAAACUGUCUCACCUUGAUGUCCUAUUGGCCCGGCAUGAUGAAUUGAUCAAUAAAGUAACUAGAGAAUGGUGAAAGAC